CUCUCAACCUUGUCCUAAUUCAUGGGUAGAAGCCAAAACCCCACAAACAUGGAAAUUGAUCUAUCUUUGAAGAUAGAUGCUGAUGAUGAACAAAAACCACAACUUGAUGAGCAAGUCAAAGAGUAUAACCACGAACAAAAAAUGCCACAGAUUCUUGAUCAUAACAAGGAAGAAGUCCCUGAAGCUGCAGCUGGUGAAAUAGAAGAUGAUGCAUCAGUGGUACAAACAUCUUUUCAAGAUAACACAAAAACAAAAGAGUUAAGUGUCCUACAAAUGGAGAUGGAGAGCAUGAAAGAGGAAAACAAAGUUCUGAGGAAAGUUGUAGAACAAACAAUGAAAGACUAUUAUGAUCUGCAGAUGAAAUUCUCAGCUAUCCAGGAAAACAAUAAAAGAAAGGAUCAUGAAAUUUCUCUCUCCCUUCAAGACAUUGCCACCACCAGCGGUGAAGGACCAUCGAGAAUUCUUGAGAUCGUGAAUAAGAAAAUUCAAAGGGCUCCAUCUCCACCAAACACUGAUGAUGACAGUUUAAGCGAGAGUGAAUUGGGUUUAUCACUGAGGUUGCAGCCAAGCACAAGUCAAAAAGAAAGUGAUGUGGGAAACAAGGAAGACAGAAAAGAUCAGCAAUUGGCAAGUUUUGUGUCAGUGCAGAACAAACUACAGCGGACACAUGAGUUGCCCGGUAUGACUACCCAUGCUAUCUCCCCUCCAAACAGAAAGGCUAGGGUUUCGGUUAGAGCAAGAUGUGAAGCUGCCACAAUGAAUGAUGGGUGCCAAUGGAGAAAAUAUGGACAGAAAAUUGCAAAGGGAAAUCCAUGUCCACGAGCCUAUUAUCGUUGCACUGUAGCCCCAGGCUGCCCCGUUAGGAAACAGGUACAAAGAUGCAUAGAUGACAUGUCGAUUCUUAUUACAACCUACGAAGGGACACAUAAUCAUCCACUUCCUGUGGGUGCAACUGCCAUGGCUUCUACAGCUUCUGCAGCAGCUUCCUUCAUGUUGCUAGAUUCAAGCAACCCUAUUUCAGAUGGCACUUCUAGUUUCACUCAAGCACCCCUUCCUUACAACGCCUUCCACCCAUUAAACUCAGCUUCGAAUUUCAGGAGCAUAAACCCCAAUGAUCCAUCAAAAGGGGUUGUUCUUGAUCUUACAAGCAAUCUCAGUGAACCACUACGUUUUUCAACCGGUAGCUCCUCAAAUACCACAACUGACACCCGAUUUUCUUGGAUGCCAAACAAAUACCAUGGUGGUGGUGCAAUCUCAAUGAACAACAAUUUUCACAAGCCUAGACCAGUGGACAUUCAUGAUAGAAUGUGGAAAGGAGAAGAAAGCAAGCAACUUGAUGAGAAUGUUUCUGCAAUUGCCUCAGAUCCCAAGUUUAGGGUUGCUGUUGCUGCAGCCAUAACAUCUCUCAUGAAUAAAGAGAGCCACAAUGCUAAUCAUCCUAUAGGGACUUCAUUUGGUCCUAGGAGUGGCCAAAAUGGUAGCUAGCUUUAGCUCUAGCUGGUAACACCAACUGGGUCGUAGAAAUCUCUUUCAAAAAUUGAUAAGCCACACUUGAUUUUUCAGCUUGAAGAUAAGAGUAAGUUGAAGACAAAAGGGAAAGUUAUACUUUAGACAUGUUCAAUAGACUUAUCAGACAUUACAUUUUAUAUAUGUAUCUUCGUAUAAAUAACAUACAGGGGUGGUUUCUUC